CUCUGUCCGAGCUUCGAUUCUCCCGCUAUUGAUUAGGUUAUCUCGCUAACACUGCAGGCUCCGCUUCUUAGAGGUCGGUAUAUACCCUAUCUCGCUCAUAUCCGCUGGGCCUUCCGAUGUGGAAAGAACUUUAAGAAGAUGACUGAAGUGGACUUGGAAAUAAGAACAGCCUCCUUCCUCCAAGCCUUGAGCUACUUUGUCCUUCCUCAAGACCUUUGUGACCAUGGCGCUUCUACAAACAGUCCUCCUUGUUACACUUGCCCUGGUUGCGACUGCCCUGGCGGCCCCCUUGGGCGUAAACCAGGACUACGCCAUUCAUGAGAAGCGUAACAUCGUUCCGCAAGGCUGGGUCAGACGGGGCCGGCUCAACAGCAGGAUGAAGUUGCCAAUGCGCAUAGCCCUCAAGCAGAGCAAUCUCGAUCGGCUUGAAGAGCACCUCAUGGCCGUUUCACAUCCCGAGUCUCUCGAAUACGGCCAGCAUUGGACGCCCGCCCAGAUCGCAAAGUCCUUUGCGCCGAGCAAAGAAACCGUCGAUGCGGUCAGUCAAUGGCUUGUUCAAGCAGGAGUGUCUACCGAGAGACAGAGCAGGAGUGCUUCGCUCGGUUGGCUGUCCUUUGAGGCCACGGUCGAGGAAGCUGAACGGCUACUCCGCACCGAGUACUGGGUUUGGGAGCACGAACCGUCGCAGACGCCGCACGUCGCUGCCACCCAUUACUCAGUGCCCACUUCAAUUCGAGACCACAUCGACUUUGUCACGCCCACGCUGCAUUUCGACCGUAGAAUUCCGGGCAAAGAUCAGGAGAAGCGCGACGUGCAGAAGCGCGAUGCGACGAAUUCCCGCUGGGGUCCCGGCUCCACGGUCCUGCCCAAAUUUCGCUUUAACCCGGGGUACAAGAACAUCAUCGAUGAGCUCUCGCAUUGCGACACCGACAUCACGCCUAAUUGCCUUCGGACUCUGUACAAAAUUCCCCCAGGCCUGACUAAGAAUCCGCAGAACAGUCUCGGGAUCGUCGAGUACAGCCCACAAUCCUUCGUGCCUUCAGAUCUCGACCUCUUCUUCAGCAACUUUUCUCGGAAUCAAGUCCAAAAGAGGCCAAAUUUUGUCGCGAUCGACGGUGGUUACCUCAACGAGACGCAAGACCUCGACCUCAACUUGGAGUCCAACCUGGACCUGCAGUUCGCAAUGGCGCUCGUCAACCCAGUGGAAGUGACGCUGUACCAGGUCGGCGAUAUUGAAGGAAAUGCAAGCUUCAACGACUUUCUUGACGCUUUCGACGCCUCCUACUGUGCAGGUGACGAUCCGUCGCAAGACAUGAGCUAUCCUGACUCGGCUCCGGGCGGAUACGACAAGCCCAAACAAUGCGGCGGGGUAGAACAAACCAAAGUCAUCUCGACAUCGUAUGGAUACAAUGAAGUGGACCUCACGCCGGCGUAUGAGCAGCGGCAGUGCAAUGAGUACGCAAAGCUCGGGCUGGCCGGCACGACGUUCGUCUUCUCUUCGGGCGACUACGGUGUUGCUGGCAACGGUAACAUGUGCGUGAGCGAUACGACGGGCCAGCUCCAAAGCGGCAAGCUGGGCGGCGUCUUCACCCCGGGCUUCCCAGGUGGCUGUCCCUAUGUUCUCUCCGUCGGCGCGACGCAAAUCAACCCAAAUACCUCUGUUUUGGCGCCCGAAUCGGCUUGCAACCAGGUCAUUUACAGUGGUGGAGGCUUCUCCAACGUCUUCUCCAUCCCCACCUACCAGAAGACGGCUGUAUCGAGCUGGUUUGCGCAACACAAACCUUCCACCUACUCGAGCAAGCAGUACAAUGAUUCGGGCGUCACCAGAGGCUUCCCAGAUGUCUCAGCAAACGGCGCCAGAUACGUUGUGGCCAUCGACGGUGGAUACAAAUAUCACGUCUACGGGACGAGUGCAUCGGCUCCGACAUUCGCCUCGGUCUUGACGCUCAUUAAUGAGGCACGACUCAACGUCGGCAAGCCUACAGUCGGAUUUGUCAAUCCGGCCCUCUAUGCCAACCCUUCCAUGUUGAAUGACAUCACUUCUGGCUUCAAUCCGGGCUGCAACACAAAGGGCUUCGAGGCUGUCCAAGGAUGGGAUCCUGUCACAGGCCUAGGCACGCCAAACUACCCCAAGAUGCUCGAGUACUUCCUAACUCAUUAGCUGGUAGAGACAGUGCUAUAAUACAUU